CGUGCUUAUAUUUCAUUGUCAUUAUUAGAUCGAGUUAUAUAUUGUCUAACUUAAUCUUCUUGUUCUUCAUAAUUAACUUACCCUUUUCCUUUGCUUAAUUUCCAAAUUAAAUAUCCAAAAAAAUGUUGAUUUGGAUACUUGUGUUAAGCUAUUCGAUCCUUUGGAACAAUGUUGUUAUUUGUGAUCCUCCAGAAGACCCCAUCAAAUGCUCUUCUGGAAACUCUCCAUGCACCAUCACAAAUGCCUACGGCUCGUUUCCGGACCGAAGCCUUUGUCGUGCUGCUAACGCUGUAUACCCAGAAAAUGAAUAUGAACUCAUUUCUUAUGUCAAAGAUGCAACCAAAAACCAGAGGAAAAUUAAGGUAGCAACGAAACAUAGUCACAGCUUCACAAAAUUGGUAUGCCCUGAUGGAGAAGAUGGAUUAAUAAUAAGCACAAAGAAUUUGAACAAGAUAAUAAAUGUCAACAUAGCAGAACAAACAAUGACCGUGGAAAGUGGGAUGACUCUACAACAGCUGAUCGACGAGGCUGCCAAAGUGAACCUAGCAUUAACCAAUUCUCCGUAUUGGUCCGGUGUAACAGUUGGUGGAAUGUUAGGAACUGGUGCUCAUGGAAGCUCACUUUGGGGCCGUGGGAGUGCAGUUCAUGACUAUGUUGUCAGCCUAAACAUUGUUAGUCCUGGUCAUCCCGAGGAUGAUUAUGUCAAGGUUCGUACACUUAACGUUGGAGAUGAGGAUCUCAAUGCAGCAAAGAUCUCACUUGGUGUUCUUGGAGUCAUUUCCCAGGUGACAUUUAAAUUAGAACCACUGUUCAAGCGAAGCAUCACAUAUAUUACAAAGGAUGACGAUGACCUUGAAGUUGAAGCGUUGACAUUUGGUCUUCAACAUGAGUUUGCAGAUAUAACUUGGUUGCCAAGCCGCUUCCAAGCAAUAUAUCGAAUUGAUGACCGGGUGCCCACUUCAACCGCUGGUGAUGGUAUCUAUGAUUAUUUCCAUUUCUACCCUGUGCCACAACAGGCUAUAGAAUCUGUCCGAAAAAUAGACGAGUUCCUAGAAUCCAAUGGUUGUGACAAGUUAUAUUGCAUGAGUACAAUGUCAAUCGCGACAGGAUACAGAGAAAUGGCAUUUGGACUCAAAAAUGACGGCCUCACAUUCACUGGUUACCCUGUUAUUGGAUAUCAAAAUAAAAUGCAAUGUUCGGGAACAUGCCUUCAUAAGCAUGAUUUUGUGGAGAAUCUUUAUUGUGGAUGGGAUCCAAGAAUAAAGGGUUUAUUCUUCAACAAUAACGCAAUUAGUUUGCCUCUAAACAAGGUGAGCAGCUUCAUUCAAGACAUCAAAAGGCUAGUUAGUAUGGAGCCUACAUCUUUAUGUGGUGUAGAGCCCUACUUUGGGAUCUUAAUGAGGUACGUCAAAGCCUCAAGUGCUUAUCUAGGAAAGGAUGAGGAUGUAAUCGAGUUUGACAUAAUGAAUUACAGAACAAGAGAGGCCUCGACUCCUCGACUGUUUCCUGAUAUAUAUGACGAGAUUGAGCAAUUGUUUAUCUCCAAGUAUGGCGGGAUGCCGCAUUGGGGGAAGAACCGCAAUGUGGCGUUUGAAGGUGUGAUUAGAAAGUAUAAGGAUGGAGGAAAGUUUGUUAGGGUUAAGGAAGAGUAUGAUCCUUUAGGGUUGUUUUCAAGUGAGUGGACUGACUUUAUCUUAGGGUUGAAACAAGGAUCAUCAUCAUCGUCUAGCUUAGGAUGUGCCCUAGAAGGGUUGUGUAUAUGUUCAACAAACGACGAUUGUGGUUCUGGAUAUAGUUGUGAGAAUGGUCGAGUCUAUACAGAAGCUAAAGUUUGUAGGAAACUUGGUACAAAUAAUACUUGUGUGGCUAAUUCAAUCGAUGACGUUAAAUUAAUUGCCUACAAGGGUUGAUCGAGGUUUUUUCCAUGCAAAAGCCACUAGAAUUAACGUAUCGUAAAUAGACUCUCGGUCUUAACCACUAGACCCAUCGAUACUACAAGGGCCAGUUCAUCAACGAGCGUUACGUUGCUUUAGUUUAUAACAUUCUCGAUCUCUAUCUCUAUCUUGAUCUUACAUCGGAAUAUCAUUGUAUGUAGAUGUCUUUCAUGACUAUCGAUCAACUCCUCUUUCAAUAUCUUUCUUUUUAGUACUUGAUGUGUUAAAUACGGAGUUUUUGUUGUUGUUGUUGUUGUUGUUGUUGCUGUUGCUGCUGCUGCUGCUGCUGGCUGUUUCCACGUUUUUUACGGGCCCUACAAUAUGUACAUACACUAAAAAAAAUCUCAUUGAUGACAAACUAUUUAUGA